AUGACUGCCAUUGAUAUUAGCACAGACAAAAGAGAGCCGGAUGUCUUUUCGACAGACUUUCCUGAUUCCAAAGUCUCUAUAGACGAUUUAGCGGAGCCGCCUGUGCAACAGCAAACCUACACUAGUUGGGGAUUUGUACGCAACAAGCGUCAGAAAGUCGAACCGGAAGCCAUUGCAACUGUUCGCAGUGUAUUCGAUAACCCCGAUCUAGCUUGCUUCUAUCACCCUCAUCCUAAGUACGAGAAUAUCAAUGCAUUCGAUCCAAAGGAGAGAUGGACACAUCGAGAAGAACGUUCGGUCCGCCGAAAGGUUGACUUUCGAAUCUUCAUCUGGGUGCUGGUCAUGUUCUUUGCCCUCAACAUCGAUCGUGGAAACUUAGGACUCGCAACAGCAGAUGGACUGGUCAACGAUCUUGGCAUCGACACCAACGACUACAAUAACGCUCAGAAUAUGUACCGCGUUGGGUUUCUUAUUGCCGAGUUGCCCUCUCAAAUGAUCGGAAAGAAGAUUGGCACGGACCGUUGGAUUCCUACGCAGAUUAUCCUCUGGAGUGUAGCAUCUGGUGGACAAUUUUUCAUGGCCAAUCGCGCAACCUUUUUUGCAUGCCGCUUCUUCAUCGGCCUCUUCAUGGGGGGCUUUAUCCCCGAUGCGGUAUUAUACCUCUCGUAUUUCUAUAAGAAUAGCGAGAUGCCCAUGAGGUUGGCCAUUUUCUGGUUUGUCAACUCAAUGUCCUCCGUCAUUGCGUCCUUCAUCGCAUAUGGCGUUUUCCACCUCCGGGGGGUCCAGAACCGGGAAGGCUGGCGUUGGCUGUUCCUCAUCGAAGCUUUAAUCAGUGUUACCAUUGGAUUCCUGAGUUUUCUCUUUAUGGUCCCUGGACCAACACAGACUAAGAGCUGGUGGAAACCGAAUGGGUACUUCACUGAGCGUGAAGAGAAAAUCAUCGUCAACCGUGUGUUGAGAGACGAUCCUUCAAAAGGUGAUAUGCAUAACAGACAAGGCAUUACCCCAGGUAUGCUAUGGAAGAGUUUUAAGGAUUACGAUUUAUGGCCUAUCUAUGCCAUUGGAAUCUUGUUUCAGAUGCCUGGAGACCCCCCAGGCCAGUAUCUUAACCUUUCUCUUAGAGCGAUUGGCUACGACAGGUUUACGACGACACUCCUCAACAUCCCCGUAACUGUUGCAGCGAGCUGUACUAUGCUGGGCAUCACUUUUUUGACCGAAUACUUCCAUCAAAUAUCAUUCCUCGGCUUGAUAUCGCAGCUUUGGUCUCUUCCAUUCCUGGUCAUCAUCUACACCUCAGCCCAACACCUGUCAAACUGGUCACUUUACGCAGUUCUGUUCCUCUUACUCGCAUCGCCAUCAGUUCAUGCGGCCCAAGUUAGCUGGUGCUCGCGUAUCAGUAACUCAGUACGCACGCGUGCUGUCAGUUCCGCUGUAUACAACAUUAUGGUGCAACUUUCCGGCAUUGCAUCAUCUAACAUUUAUCGCAAAGAUGACAACCCACCUUGGUAUCCUCGAGGCAAUAGUAACCUUAUUGCUAUCAAUGUUGCAGUAAUUGUUCUAUAUGCUCUUACUAAGUGUUACUACGUGUGGCGCAACAAGCAAAAAGAGAGGCAAUGGAGCGCUAUGACAACAGAGGAACAACAGCAAUACCUCAUCAACAAUGCGGAUCUUGGAAACAAACGACUUGACUUCAGAUUUGAUUGUUAA